AUGAGUCGUGUCUGCACGAGACUGUUCGCAGAUAUACUCGGAGAAAGACCCGAAGCUGCCGUCCUGGCGGACGACGAGCUGGAGGCCGAUGAUAGACUGGCGCUGGGUCGCACGGCUGCUGGCGAGGUGGUGGAAGUGGAAGCUGACGAGGACGAGGAGGACGAGGAGCUGGCUGCCUUUGAAGCGCUGAGCGUACAGGAGCGGCUGAGCCGGGCUGUGGCGUAUCUGCGCGAGGAGUAUCACUAUUGCUUCUGGUGCAAGUUCCGGUAUGAGACGGCGGCCAUGGAGGGCUGUCCGGGGCUGACGGAGGAAGACCACGAUUGA